CAACCGGCGACCACAAAGAUGACGUAUUUCAAACUGACCAUCUGUGUCGUAGCAGUUUUCAUUGGAUUGACGCAAGUUCCUGGUCAUGUUAGCUGUCAUAAAUUUCCACCACCACAGGGAAAAGGACCACCCGUGGGGAUGAGACUAGUGCCUUUACCUAUACCUAGACCGUUUCCUAUAAGAGCACGUUCUGAUGAAAGACAGAAGACCGUUUUAUUGGUCAAAGACAAUGGAAUUGGUGAUGUAUUUGGUGGAUUUGGUGGAGGAAUUGAAUCAUUAUUGCCACUAUUAGCGAUACCCCUUCUAUUAUUGGCAUUAGGUCUUGGUAGAACAACUACAGCUAUGGCCACAGCCGCAACAACUGCUGCUGCCGCUACCACUGCUGCUGCCGCAACCACUGCUGCUGCCGCUACCACUGCUGCUGCCGCUACCACUGCUGCUGCAGCCACCACUGCUGCAGCCACCACUCCUACAACUAUGGCUGGAUAAAUGGAUAUGCGAAAAGAUAUAUUGAGUGCUUCCAAUGUGUACUUUUUUAUGCUAAUAUAAACAAUUAUUAAUCUGUAA